AUGACUUCCAAAGAGCUUGUUACAGCAGUAGGCCAUACGACUGUUGGUUCAGACGUAGGACUAGACUAUUUGCGUGAUCUGUAUUUGCCUCAAGAACAACAGGAUCGUGAAAUAGACGAAGACAAAGGUGUGGUUGUUUACAAGUCCAUUACUUCCUUCCCUCCUGUGAGGCAACUUAGACCCUCAGAGCGUAAGCGUAUUUUGGUAACAGGAGGUGCUGGUUUUGUAGGUUCUCACCUUGUAGACCGUCUCAUGUGGAUGGGACACGAAGUCAUUGUCCUUGACAACUUCUUUACUGGAUCAAAGCGUAAUGUACAGCACUGGAUUGGUCAUCCUCACUUUGAACUUGUACGUCACGACGUAGUAGACCCCUUUAUGAUUGAAGUGUCGCAGAUAUACCAUUUGGCCUGCCCUGCUUCACCUCCUCAUUAUCAAUAUAAUCCAACAAAGACCGUCAAGACAAGUGUAAUGGGUACAAUCAAUAUGUUGGGUCUUGCUAAGCGAACCAAAGCUCGUUUCUUGCUUACUUCUACAUCAGAGGUCUAUGGUGAUCCAGAAGAACAUCCUCAAAAGGAGACUUAUUGGGGCCAUGUCAAUCCAAUUGGUCCAAGAGCUUGUUAUGAUGAGGGUAAACGUAUUGCAGAAACACUCACUUAUGCCUACAUGAGACAAAAUGAUGUUGAUGUACGAGUAGCACGUAUUUUCAAUACGUUUGGUCCUCGUAUGUCACCAGCAGAUGGCAGAGUAGUCAGCAAUUUUAUUAUGCAGGCUAUUAAAGGUGAAUCCCUGACACUCUAUGGUGAUGGUGAACAAACCAGAUCAUUUCAGUACAUCCAUGAUUUAGUAGAUGGUCUGAUUCUCUUAAUGAACAAGAACUACAGCGAGCCUGUUAAUUUGGGUAAUCCUGAAGAAUAUACCAUUCGUAACUUUGCAGACAUGAUUCGAGAGAUGGUUUUGCAACCACCCUUAUCGCCUGAUAAUGUGGACAUCAAGAUCUUGCCUGCUGCUCUGGAUGAUCCCAAGAAGCGUAAACCUGAUAUUUCCCGAGCCAAGAAAUACUUGGGAUGGGAACCUGGUUUCUCAGUCAAACAAGGACUACAAGAGACUGUAGAUUGGUUUAAAGUACAAGUGAAAGAAGGUGCUAUUUAA